AUGCAACAGCUUCUUCCCGCCGGGAUGCACGCUAUCCCCUCUCACCUCCUCGAUCUACGCUCCGAUGCCGACAUAGACUUUGAUUUAAUGCACCCACAACUGCCAAAUGGUGUGAAAAACAUAUGGUUUUUCUGGCACUCGGGUUACAUCAAUAUGCAUCCCUACACACAACGGACUGUACGCGCAUGGCACCGCCGAUUUUCAAAACAAGGAUGGACUGUCCGGAUAGUCGACCGCCAACCGGGCUCAAAAAGCAACAUCGCCGAAUUCUUAGAUGUUACCGACCCAACUCUCUUUCCACGCGCCUUCAUCGAAGAGACAAUAACUGGCCGUUACGCGCUACAACACACUUCAGACCUGGUUCGCUGGCCACUGCUCCUGCGCUACGGGGGUGUCUAUGCGGAUGUCGGGUUGAUGCAAAUCGGAGAUCUCGACACUUUAUGGAACGAGACAAUCGCCAACUCCGAGUCCCCAUAUGAAGUUCUAUCAUAUACCCCCAGUGGUCAAGACUACUAUAGUUUAACUAAUUACUUCCUCGCUGCAUUGCCCAACAAUGCGCUUUUUGCGCGCUGUCAUCGUCUACUUCUUGCUCUCUGGGCCGCGGAUGGGGGCAAGACAAGCACCGACGGAAUGCAUGCUAGCCCGCUACUAAAGGGUGCACCUCUUAUGGGCGGCGAAUUUACGAUCACCGAGGACGAUGGAACUUUCCUUGGCCCCGCUGAAGUCAGUCGCCUGUUGACCGACUAUGUCAUCCAAGGUCAAGUGGCGACUGCGGUAAUGGGGUUGGUGGAUACCGAAGACGACUGGGAUGGUCCCUCCUAUUGUUUGCAACAUUUCUAUGCGAUUAAUUUUAUGGAAGGGUCGCAGCUCAUCAACGAGUUGACUGCCUGGAACGGCCAGGAUGCUUAUGACCUAUUGUCGCUAUCCAUGCCAAAGGACGGAGAAAAAGAGUCUGAGUUACAAAAGAAGGCUCGGGAGAUUGUUGAGGCCUGUCUGUCUCGAAGCUUUGGGUUCAAGCUGGCUCAUGGACUCAUCUUGCGCGUCAGCAAGGUCACUCUUGGCUCGCUGUGGCGGGACAAUCCUGGGUCGGAUAUUGUGGAAAGCACAUACGCUUGUUGGCUUCGACAUGGGAUUUGCUAUUGGAGUCAAGAUAGAGUGCCGGGCUGCGUGGAACUCUCCCUACUACCUCCUACGAAGGUUGGAAUGUUACUUGCAUGA